AUGGUUUGGGCUGGAAUAUGGCUCGGAGGGCGUACAAAACUUGUUAUUAUGGAGCGUGACUUUUCAGAAGGACAGCGAGGUCGCGGAGGUGGUUAUACAACGAAAUCCUACCUAAAAGCGCUUGAAGAAGGGUUUAUUGAACACUAUGAGCCUGGAACUAUAUUUCAGCAAGAUAACGCUAAAAUCCACCGCUCCUAUGUUGCUCAGCGAUGGUUUGAACGUCAUGGUAUAAACGUUAUGGAAUGGCCGCCACGCUCGCCAGAUCUCAACCCUAUUGAACCCGUGUGGCGUAUGCUCAAACAUUGGAAGCUCUUUAGGGAGUGUAUAUCGGAGGCCUGGGAUGCGCUAGAUCAAAAUAAAAUUGAUAGUAUAAUUAGAUCGAUGCCUCAGCGUAUAAGCGAGACUCGUAAGGCACGUGGCUACUAUACUCGGUUUUAG